CUCGUGAUCACCGCAGCCAUAUUGAAGGAUAUGUACAACAACGAAUGUUUCCCUUGACUAUUUUUAUUGGAAUUUGGAAUCAUUUUUCUUUUGUAAAAUCACUAAUAGGCUUGUCAACUAUUUGCAAAGCGUCAGUCACGGGACACCAACAUCUGGCACACGGCGUCCCUAUCUGACUGUCGAAAGUUUGGAACCGGAAGGUUAAAAUUGUAGCUCUGGUUUGCCUACGAUGGCUUCUCGGAAGAAGGUACUUCUUAAAGUGAUAAUCCUUGGGGAUUCGGGGGUGGGGAAAACCUCUCUGAUGAACCAGUAUGUUAAUAAGAAAUUCAGCAACCAGUACAAAGCCACGAUCGGAGCGGAUUUCCUCACCAAGGAGGUUAUGGUGGACAGUCGACUAGUCACCAUGCAGAUCUGGGACACAGCAGGUCAGGAGCGUUUCCAGUCCCUGGGCGUGGCAUUCUACCGCGGGGCAGACUGCUGCGUGCUGGUGUACGAUGUGACCGCACCCAACACCUUUAAGACCCUGGACAGCUGGAGGGACGAGUUCCUGAUCCAGGCCAGCCCCCGCGAUCCUGACAACUUCCCAUUUGUGGUGCUAGGCAACAAGAUCGACCUGGAGAACAGGCAGGUGACAGCAAAGCGAGCGCAGGCUUGGUGUCAAAGUAAGAAUAAUAUUCCCUACUUUGAGACCAGCGCCAAGGAAGCUAUCAACGUAGAGCAAGCCUUCCAGACCAUCGCACGCAAUGCACUCAAGCAGGAGUCUGAGGUGGAGUCCUACGAUUUCCCUGAUCAGAUCAAACUGAGCGAUGACAAACCAGCCUCCGCCAACGACAGCUGCAGCUGCUGAAAAUGACAGGACCACAGAGAGAGAACAGGAGGGAGAGAGGAGACGGAGAGAGUAGGUGGAUGUGGGAUGGAAGGGGAGAGAGAGAGCAAGUAUGGGGUAUGGGAGGGGAGGAAGAGAAGUUGUUGUUUAUGAAUUGCAGGGGCAAUUUGACACCCCUCAGCUUUACCCCCUUUUUGAUUGUAAAUGGCAAGUGAAAAAAAAACGUUCCUGUAUUUUUACUCCCCAAAGAGAACGAAGUCAAACCAGAGGAAGCAGAGAGGCCCAUUUGCUCAGCCUCCUCCUGCAGUGUCAAGAUGUUUAAACUUUUCAGAACUGCUUCAGAAACUACCGAUAAUCCUGUGUUCCCUCAACAUUAGCCCUUGUUUUUGCUGGUAUUAUUGCUUUUUAUUUUUUGAAAUAUUUUUGUUAUACAUGUGGAUUAUGCCCUGACUCCACUGUGUCCGUCCGUCCGUGUCUCUCUCGUCAUCGGCCUUCAUCUCAGCGUUUUCCCUUCUCUGUGGCGUACGUGUAGCCGUUAUGGCACUACUGCACGCCCUGGGGUGCCCAAGAGCUCUGUGCUUCUGAGAUGCAGCUUCAGCCACGUGCUCAGUCCGGACCAGCCCGCAGGCCCUAGACAAAACGAGCAGGCGGAGAGUGGGCCAGAAAGCUGGGAGGAAGAGCUAGCCGGAGGAAUAGCACCACACUGGGGUAAAGUUUUAAGUUGCUAAACGGAGACACGCAUCUCUGUGUGUUUAAACUUUUCAGCUGAUACACAGACGCGCAUCUCUGUGUGCGUCCGUGGCCGUCUCUGAUUGUAGGUGGGUGGAAGGAGCUGGGCACUGGCUGAGGGGAAACUGGCAGCCCUGUGGUGCGCGGGGCUUGGGAUGAAGGGGCUCCUGCAGAGAGUGCAGAGCAGGACGUGCCAGGAGGAGUUUGGUUUGAGGAUGGUCGAUCAACUGCCCACCCUGUAUCUGGCACAUCAGCAGGAGAAAUGGCAAUACCAGGAGACCGUGGGGCAGUUGUGGAGUAGAUGCAAUAAUUACAGCCCUUUACAGCCUUUGUACUAAUGACUGCUUUUGCUGUCAGCAUGUGCACCGUGUAGCUCCUUUAAGUGCCGGGGCUGGGGAUUUAUGUGCAGAACAUAAGCCCAGGACAAAGUCUCUCCUACUCUACCACCCCCCUCCUGCCUCCGCUCUCAUUUGUGUGAUUAUACCUCAGCCAGGAUGGAACUUGGGAGGAGCUCAGGCUCAGUUCCGAUGUUUCCUGGAAGACUGAAGAUGCUGCACGCUUGUCCAAGGCGCUCCACCCCCUGCCAUUUGGUCUGGCUACGGUCUGGUGGUGGUGUGUGCCGGGCUUAUGCAGGGUUUCUUGUAUACGCCCAAAGGAGAGAACCGCGAGAAAACAGGCUGGACUGCAUUACUCAGAUACACACAAACAUACAUUCUGUUUUGCUCAAUCUUUUCAGUCUUUGUUUUGCCUUUGUAUUUUACCGUUAUUAGUUAUACUUGUAUAAAUAUGUAUAUUUAAAUAUAUCACAAUUUAGAAUGAUUUGAUAUAUGUACAAUACCAAUUAUGAACUCAAAUUUGAACAUGAGUAGAACAUUUUGUCUGAACAAUCAUGCUGUAUUAAUAUAUUAUAUUAAUAUAAUUUACUUGACAAGAUCAAAUUAAAUAAAAGCUUACAUAUAUGACA